CAAAAGAUUAUAUGUCAAAUUGCCACAAGAGAUCCCUACCUACUGUUUUCGUUGUCUUAAAUCCCAAACCUGUUUUCAUUCCAAAACCCCUAUCUUCCUUCUUCUUCCAUAAUUUUUUUUCUUUCUACGAUAAAUAAUUUCUCUCUGGUCUCUGCACCAGUUUAUCUCUCGUUCUGUGGUCAUCUCUUGUUCUCGGUUCUUUAGCCAUGGGACGUGGUAGAAAGCGGCAGCAACCGGAGUUAACCCUUGAUAUGUCGACGGAACUGCCGGAAACCGACGGCAAUUCCCGGAGUGUUGUGGAUCCAAGGCGGAGCAUGAGGCGGCGAUGUUUUGCCACAGGACGCAAUCUUCGGAAAAUCGAGAACUCUACAGUGUAAUCGGCGACGUAAACCGCGAUAAACCAUAAAGAAUUGAAGAGACGGAGGUAGUAGGUUGGGGAAGAAGCGUAGUAGGAAGCCCAAGAAAAAUAAGGAAAGAUUGCAUGUUCAGGAUGCUGAGUGCGCACCUGUUGAACAGAGUGGUGAAAAAGUGGAAAAGGUUGAAGGCUAAAGCCCAGCGAAUGGUCAGACGAUGAAAGAGAAAGGUCAAGCUCGCCGCUCCUGGCACAUCAGUUUGGUAUCAGAGCCUUGGUUAAGCAGCACUUUGAAGCCUUUAGAGUGCAAACACGUGAGGGAGUGAACCAACCUGUCUUUUAACCGAGUGAAAUACUUAGUGAGUUUGAUUGUGAUAGCAACAUGUCUGAUGAAGGAGAGGUGCCUCCACCAGUUCCAAGAGGUCUCAUAUUGGAUCAAGCACAUAUGCUAAGACUUGAAAGACAGCAAAAUGCAAUGCAAGAGCAAAUUGCUCAAAUCACACAAGUUUGGCAAGACUAGUUGCACUCCAGCCACAGAGAACGCAAUGGUCCUAGGCAGCAAGGGCGUGGUGAUGAUGAUGAAGAACCUGGAGUUGAUGAAGGUGCUUAUGAUCAGCACCUGCCUAGGCAUCCACAUGGCCAAAGAGACAACAUCAAGAUGAAGAUUUCAAUCUUUCGAGGUACUAGCUCACCUGAAGAGUACCUAAAAUGGGUACAAAGAGUUGACAAAAUCUUUAAGUAUCAGGAAUACAGCGAAGCAAAAAAGUGCAAACUUGCUGCCAUUGAGUUUGUUGAUUAUGCAAACUUAUGGUGGGAGAACGUAAAGGCUCAAAGACAUAGGGAUGGGCUUGAUGAUGUACAAACUUGGUGUGAGAUGAAAAAAAUCAUGGAGAAGCGAUUUGUACCUGAAUAUUACAAACAGGAGUUGUAUAUCAAACUCUAAAGUUUGCGCCAAGGUGGAAUGUGUGUGGAAGACUAGUUAAAAAAUUUGAAAUGCUGAUGUUGAGAUUUGAUGUGAGGGAACCACAAGAACAAACCAUUGCCCAUUUUCUUAGUGGUUUGAAUUAUGAAAUUGCUAAUACUGUUCAAUUGCAACCAUAUGUGUUGUUGCAAUAUGUGAUCAAACUUGCCAUUAAGAUUGAAAGGCAAAGAAUGAAAGGUGGAUACAAGGGCACUACUAUCAAAACAUUCACAAAACCUUCUAACACUAGCACCCACUUACUAGUGAUCCCACUUACUAGUGAUAAAGGUGGAGUGAAGAAGCAUGACAAAGGGGAGAGCUCUACCAAAGUACCAGUUGGUGUAAGCAAGGGCAAGAAGAAGGAAGUAGAUCCAACCCUUUCUAAAAGAAGUAGAGACAUAAAAUGCUUCAAGUGCCUCAGCCAUGGACACAUUCCUUCAGAAUGUCCCAACAAGAGAGUAAUGGUGUUGAGGGAAGCCCAAUGGGAGGUAGAGAGUGAAGAUGAGACUUGCGAAGAGGAAGAGAAUCAUGAAGCAUAUGGUGAUGAGGAAGUAGAGUAUGCUGAUGUUGGGGAGAUGUUAGUGGUCAGAAGAACCUUAAGUGCACAUGCAAUAAAAGAGGAAGAGCAAAGAGAGAACAUCUUCCAUACUAGAUGCACUAUUCUCAACAAGGUAUGUAAUGUCAUUAUUGAUGGUGGUAGGUGUACUAAUGUUGCUUCUACUACCUUAGUAGAGAAACUUAAUCUACCCACCUUAGUGCAUCCUCAUCCUUAUAAGUUGCAAUGGCUGAAUGAUGAUGGUGAUGUUAAGGUGACUAAGCAAGUAGUUGUUCCUUUCUUCAUAGACAAGUAUAAAGAUGAAGUUGUGUGUGACAUUGUGCCCAUGAAUGCUAGCCAUUUGUUGUUAGGGAGGCCAUGGCAAUUUGAUAAAAGGGCUACGCAUGAUGGUUUUAAAAAUACUUAUUUUUUUAUAGAGGAUGAGAAAAGAAUUGUAUUAGCCCCUUUUUGUCCCCAACAAAUACAUCAAGAGCAGCUGAUUAGUAACAAACAAAAGGAGAGUUUGUUCCUCAAUAAGGGGGACGUUUUGAAGGCUAUCACUAACCACAAUUUUGUUUUUGUGCUUAUUGUUAAAGAAUUGCUGGAAUCUAACCACAUUGCAGUUCCUCCCAUGGUGGCCGAACUAUUGGAAGAAUUUGAAAAUGUUUAUUCUGAAGAAUUGCCAGAGGAACUACCUCCCCUUCAUGGCAUUGAACAUCAUAUUAAUUUAAUUCCUGGAGCGGCAUUACCGAAUAGACCAGCCUACAGAAACAAUCCUGAAGAGGCUAAGGAGUUGCAUAAGCAAGUCAUGGAGCUGUUGAAAAAGGGCUAUGUUCCUGAGUCCAUGAGCCCAUACUCUGUUCCAGCUUUGUUGGUGCCCCAAAAGGAUGGUUUCAUGCUCAUGUGUGUUAAUAGUAGGGCCAUCAACAAAAUCACUGUAAAGUAUCGCUAUCCCAUCCCUAGACUUGAUGACAUACUUGAUGAGUUACAUGGUGCUGUUAUCUUUUCAAAAGUUGAUCUAAGAAGUGGUUACCAUCAGAUUCGAAUUAAGGAGGGGGAUGAAUGGAAAACAGCCUUUAAAAUAAAGUUUAGGUUUUACGAGUGGAUGGUCAUGCCUUUUGGCCUUUCUAAUGCCCCUAGCACUUUUAUGAGAUUCUUAAACCAUGUAUUGCGCUACUUCAUUGGCAAAUUUAUGGUUGUUUAUUUUGAUGAUAUUCUGAUUUAUAGCAGGAGUUUUGAAGAUCAUCUCAAGCAUCUAGAGCUUUUUUUUUGA